AUGAAUAAAACAAAAUGCUUAGCUGCAGAAGCAUCAGUUAUUAAUAUUAGUUACAAUAUUGUUAGAGCAUUACAUCUUUUAUUGGGAAUAAUUGUUUUAUUAAUGCUUUUAAGGCUUGUGAGGACUUACAGAACAAAAUCGCUAAAAUUACAUUCAAAUAUUAUUAUUGUUCUAUUCACAUAUACGAAUCCUUGUGAUUGUUUGUUAAAAGUUUGGACUGUUUAUUUAUUUCGUAUUAUUCCAAACAUUUAUAAUUUUGGUUUGUCUUUAUUACAUUUUGCUUUAAUGAUUGAACGUAUAUUUGCUACAAUUUAUGUCAAAAUUUAUGAAAAACAAGGAAAAAUGUUUGGAGUUAUUAGCACAAUUAUUGGGUGGUCAUCAAUAACAAUUUUUGCUAUUUAUGUUUACAUAAGUUCAUCUAUGGAAAUUGAAACAUUUAAGUAUCCAAUGCCUUAUCUAAGUUUAACCAGUAUUUACAACUCUCAAAUUCUUUUUAAAUUACACUAUUUCUACCUAUUUUUGGUAAUAUGUAUUGCUUUUGCUGAUUAUUAUUUAAUUCGAAGAAAUCAAAAAAUUAAAUCAAAUUUUUCAACAACAGACUACAGCCUCAGUCAAAGUUAUCAAGCUAAACAAAAUAUUCUUGUUAUGAGAAUUAUCUUCCCUCUUGAUUUUUCUUAUACUUUUGUUUUUGCGAUAUUUAAUAUUCUAUCAUUUUUUAUCAGAUCAUUACGUGAAGAUUAUGGAAUACUUGUAUAUGUUCGGAAAUAUGAUGCUAUAUUUUUGGUAAAUACAAAAUUAUGCUUUUAA